GCGCUAGUGGAGCAUUUUGAGUUGACUGGAGUAAGAGCUGUGCCGUCGGCCUAAUAAUCCGCACCGAUUGCAGCGUUGCUUUUAUCUAUAGUUACAUAUGAAAUCUGACUUACCCAAGUUGCAAUUCACUAGCCCAACUCACUGUGCUUGGACUGAAACGUAUAAUUAUAACUACAAACUUUAAUCUAAGAAUCUGACCAAUUGGGCCGAUUUCAAAAAGAAAAAUUAAAAAAAAUAAAAAGUUAUAACGAGCACGUGCGAUAGUAGUACGGUCCCUCCAAUCCGCUUCACGUCUUUGAUCCAAUCAAAUCCAUUUCAGAAUAAGAACGACGAAUGGAUGCCGCUGACACCGACAUCUCCCGGAGCUUCAACUCUAGCGAGAAGCUAGGAGAGGUAGCAGACUGGGUAAGCGCCACCGUGGUCUCCGGCUUUUUCUCAUCUCUGGACCGCUUCUCCUGCGUUAACCUCUCCACCACCGACCCUGAUGAUGACGACCUCCCGACGAGGCCGAGACCGUCCGCUCACCUACUCCUAAAGAUCGUUUCCCACUCGCUAAAAAUUCGGUAACUGAGCUGGCAUAAAGAAGCCUCUACUUUUCUGAGUAAGAAAAAGGAGUAAAUGGAAAGAGAGAUAGUGUAUUAUCCAUUGUCUUCUUUAGCAUAUUUAGCAAGUGAACCUCUUUAUUUGGUCCAUUUUAGCAAGUGAAUCUCUCUAUAUGGUCCAUGGGUUCCAGUUUUUUACAAGUAGUGCCACAAUUUUGUGCAAACUAAUGCCCAAAAUAACAUCUAACAUGAAUGUUUAACUUUACCGGUAAUUUUUGUCUCCAUGAUGCCUCCAACAAAGCAGCAUGAAUAUGCAACAGCGAAUUAUGUACAACCUUGCUCUCUUUCCCUUCAAAAUCUUACUCUUCGGUACCCGAAUUUUGGCUUGCUUUUGUGUAGACAUUUCCAUCAACUUUGUUCUCGAUUUGCUGUUGGUGCAACACCUUAUGCCUUGUUUAUCUGAUUAUAUAGUAAUUUUCUUCCUUUAGGAAUCUCUUCUACAGCAGUUACUAAUGUUUAUUUCAGUUUCCUUUGAUAUGAGUAAAUAAUUGGUGAAAACAGGAGAAGCAAAAACCUCAGCUUUUGACUCUUCUUUUGCAUUGAACCAGGGAGCUGGUUUUGGCACUUUAAGUUUUUGAAUGUUGGUUUGUCAUCCGGACUUCCAGGUUCUUUUGUCUAUUAAUUUGACAGGGACAGUGUACUUUUUCCAGGAUUUAUUGCGAGAAAGACAAAUGGAGCAUAUAACGUUCUAAUCUUGUAGAUAAUUAAAUAGUUUGAGUGCAGGAUUACUUUAUGUAUUCUCCUCGUGGACUAUAGGCAACAGGCAGGGAUGUUUUAGCUUUUAAGUGAGGGCACUUGUCUCAUGAAUAUCCACUCUCUGUUUAUAUACUUUGUCUGUCUAGAUUAGGGGUUAUGGGUGUUUACCGAAAUCAGGGUUAGUGUUCUGGGUUUUCUAGUUCUUGUUGUUUAAUGAGAAUAAUCUCUUAUACAAGGGCUCCGGUGAUGACAAGUAUGAUAUGCUGCGGCAAGUCGUUCCAAUUUCUGAAAGCUCCAUUCACCGGAGCUUCAUUGUGGAACUAAACGCACUCUGAGGAGCAUCCACCUCUCUCUCUCUCUCUCCUACUACUGUUACUACUACUACGACUACUGUGUGCGCCCUUUACCUUAGCUUAAGGGAUCCUCACCCUCCAUUGAUGGGUAGCAAUCGAUAAUCAUAGUUAUCAAACUUUACUAUUCCUUCAUCUAAUAUUUGUUCAAUUAAAUGCCUAAAACCUGCAAUGUUUUUACCCUAUCUUGUAGUAAUAUCGUUUCGCACAGCAUGCAGAAAGGAAAGCAGGGAGACAAAAAAUGUAAGAAUGAGAUGGAAUACGCAAAUUUUGGGUUGGAAGGAAAGCUGCUGAGCCUAA